AUGGAGUACGAUCGACUUAUGCAAAUGCCCAGCUCAUCGCACACCAAUGAAGACUAUUUAAAUCUCAAAGCCCAAAUGGGGAUGAGGACACCGUUAAAUGGCGGAACGAUCGUCUCGCAAAAGAUGGCCUCACUCGACUACAAUCAAAAUGAUUCCGAGAUCCCGAUGCUCAUCGGCUUCUUUCUGAUGAAUGGCGUUUGUGUGGUUUUCUUCCUCCUCUUCGGCAUGUGUGUGAUCUUCUCGUGCAUGCGUCGACCGACUCUCUUCCAACCGAAGCGAACUCCUUUACUCAUCCCGCCACCACCUCCGAAACCAGAGCCCAAAUUCAAAAGUAUGGUCUCAAAGAUGAUCAGGACAAAAGAUAUGGGACAGUUGAAAACGGAAGUCAUGGAAGAAGUGCAAAUUGAGAGACAGCCGAUGAAUGGAGGAAAAAUCGCUGGUUUCGGAGGCGCGAAUGGGAGCUUGCAAAUGACCGAUCGACCAAUCAUUCGAGAAACCCUAGUAACUGUGGAAAACCUUGAAGAGCCAACGGUUCUCGUGCACACUCCCGUUGACGAGAUCACAGAGUCGACUCCACUGCAACACUCGCAAAGUUACCGAGAAAAACAAAAUCCGAACAUAAAGAAGGCUCCCCAAGUGCGAUUUGCCGAAGAUGCAGACAUUGAUGCGGAACGAAGAGCUUCAUUUAUUCCGGUGGUGGAAAAAGAAAUGGCGGAACAUGGUGAACCAUCACCCUCAUCUCUCAUUCGAACAAAUCUUCUAGGUCCACUUUCUUUUGAUGAUCUUUAUUACACGUCU